AUGGACGUGGUAGAGUCUUCGCUUAUGAAGGAGUACGUAAUCACCCGGAUGUUGGUCAUCUUGAACCUCAUCCAGAACAGCUUCAUCCACAACACGGUGCGGUGCUGCCUGGUUUGCCUGUACAGCAGUCUGGGCGUUCCAGAAGACCCGCUGGCCGUCGCCGAACUGUUCGACAGUCAAGGGUGGUGUGUAUCAGGUCGCGUUCGAUCUGUCCGAAACGGCAACCCAGCAGUUUCUGCCCAAAUUCCCAUAGAGGUUCAGCAGCAGCAGCAGCCGACUGCGACUGAGGUCGCGCCAGUCGUCCAAACCCAGCGAUCUGCAGGUCGACCAAAUGAAGACCCGAACGCCCCCAAGGCCAAGUACAAGAAGGACAAAGCAGCUGCGGUGACAGCAGCUACACUACAAACCUUUGCCGCCGCGGCAGCCACUUUUUCGUCAGCAGCAGUUCACGUUCAUGCCCGGCCAAAGUACCACGAUCGGGAUAUCCGGACACAAAUGUCCAUGCUGCACAAUUUCCUAACGCGCGGGUUCGACGCCGAGGACGUUCAGGACACCGACAUCAAACAGCACUCGACAGGGUCGGUGCGAACGCUAAGCUUUUGCAAGAUAGGCCCGCGGGAAAAGGCCAAAUACCUCCAUCUGUGCGGUACGGCAGCCGAAAACCACCUGAAGAACAUCGAAACGGCCAAGGCCGUGAGCCAGGUGGUGCGCCCGUCGGUGACGGAUCUGCGCGAGACCAAGUACGAAGCGAUCGGCAUCAGCAGCACGUACUUGUUCCGGAUCGACAUGGAGACCAUCAUCGACGCGUCCACGUGCGGCAACCUGGCCCGGUUCAUCAACCACAGUUGCAAUCCCAACUGCUACACCAAGGUCAUCACGAUCGAGUCGGAGAAGAAGAUUGUGAUCUACUCGAAGCAGCCGAUCGGCGUCAACAAGGAGAUCACGUACGACUACAAGGUCCCGCUCGAGGACGAGAAGAUUUCAUUUUAUUGAGUGCGCAAUUCUUGUUAAAUACAGUUAUUUUUCAGUAAGAUGACAAAUAUAAUGUGUUAAUA